AAGUGUGACGUCACAAUAUACCCGGCGUUCUUGGGUUUCACCAUAACUCAGAACUAAUGUACGAUACCUGGAUUAAAACCCCAGACGAACAUAAGAGCCACUUUACACAGGUGUCUGACAAUAAAAAGACACACACGACUUUAAAACGAUCAGGGAUAUUUAUUGAAGUCGCGAAAAAUGACAACUGUCGGAGUUGAUCCUGUACACCAAGGGGCCUACCCGAUGAAGAUCCCCAGCUACUCUUACCAGUAUCCCUCCCACCGCAGGGUGCAGCUCGCGGCGGUCAAGGAGGGGCUCUUCCACCCCCGACUCCCCAGCUUUAGGAGGAUGGAUAUGGACACGGCCGGACAUAAGCUCCCGGACGAGCACUGCCGUACCACUACAACUUGUGGACCAGAUGAUUUCCAGAGAGCCACGUCCACAUUAAUGGAGCCCCCGGUGAAGAAUCUCUCCAGUCUGGAAAUAACAUCAACAGGAAAACAGCUACAUAAGCACUACACUACACCAGAAGAACUCAAACGUGCCCGCACAGAGUGGUCCGAUUUCCUGAAUAGGUCCCCCGAGAGGUUUAAUAUUAAGUUACCAGAACUCCCUAAUAGCAAAGAUCAGCGAUUUGUUGGAUAUGCUGUGCGAUAUCUACGACCUGAGGUCACACAGUCCUGGAAGUAUACUCUGCGUCAAGAACCAACAUUGGAUCAAUAUGGCCAAAGACCAAUUCCAGCUAAUAUCUAUGCUAGAUACAGGGACACUUAUCCUCAGUAUAGCCGGAACAUAGCAUCCGAAGCCUGGCGGUAAACUCCGGACAACCCUGAACAAUCCGAAAUCUUAGUCUGUCAUUUCAUUGUUAUAUCUUGUUUGUUUUCAUUAUACCUGCUCAGUAUUGACGGAACGUUAAUGUUUUUUUCAUUCUCCAUCAGUAUUACAGAUUAUAGUAUUAGACAAUGUACAUGAUUUGUUAUCUCUCACAAAUUUGCUUGUUAUAUAUGUAUUAGUUUUUUUUUUAAAUAUUGAUUGAUACAUGGUAUAUAAAUGUAUUAAUUGAAUGUUUGCACUUUAAAGUAUUAGUAAACAAAAGUAUUACAAAAUAUAGAUUGAUCUUGUUCAAAAUGCUUGUUUAGGCUUCAUGCCAGCUUUUAAUGUAUUGCAUACAGUAUUAUCAUCUGCUCAAUUUGUACCCAGUACAAAUACAUUUAUAUAGAUCUAAAAUAAAAGUGUUUUUUCAUGAAAUCGUUA